GUUUAUCGUAGCAUGUUGAGAAGACGAGCUGGCAAGUUCUUGCGUAUUAUACGUGCAGAUUGUUGAAUAAUAUUUUUCGACCGAUGUGACGUUAUUUAAAAAUGAGCUCGCCAUCUCGAAACUUAGCCAUCGCUCAAUUUAAGAGAGACAGAAUAAACCCUGAUUUCUGUAGGCUUCGUGUUUCUCUAUGUUGACAUUGCUAGCCUUGGAACAUGUCAUCGUUACUUUUUUAGGUAGUUUGUAUUAUUAGUGUUUCACACUCUAAGCUUACCCUUUCGUUUCUUUCUUUUUUUGUCCUGUUAAUUUUAUAAUGAAUUGUUACGCUGCCCCGUGCAAAAAUGCAUACAACGGUGUUAACCAAGGGGAAGUGUGAGAACUUGUUAAAAGAACCCACUAGUAAGUGCCCAUUCUGCAAGUACACCAGCAUGCCACCGAUGGUGCAUUAUCAUAUUAAAAAUCACUUACAGUUGGCAGUGACACAUCUAGAUUUCACCAUCGUAAAAUGCAACUUAAACUGUCGGCCAAAAUCCCACUUUCACUGCUGCUAUUGUUCAAAGACUGUGAUACGUCGGGCACAGUUGCUGAUGCACAUCGCCAACCAUUCUAUAAAGUCUUCACCAAACCAGCCUGAGACGCCUUUCACCCUACAGCCUCAGAUGCCUACUGCCCUGCAGCCCAAGACGCCCGACGCCCUGCAGCCACAGACGCUUGUCAUCCUGCAGCCUGGGACGCCCGCCUCCCUGCAGCCUGGAACCCCCGCCGCCCUGCAGCCUCGAACGCCCGCCUCCCUGCAGCCUCGAACGCCCGCCUCCCUGCAGCCUCGAACGCCCGCCUCCCUGCAGCCUCGAACGCCCGCCUCCCUGCAGUCCCGGACGCCCACCAUCCAGCAGCCCGAGAAACCCGCCGCCCAGCUCUCUCAGUUACCAGAUACUCUGCAGCCUGAGUCGGACACUGUCCCGCAGCCUCAGUCUCCCGCUCUCCUCCCAAAACACUCUGCAAAAAGGACCGUCACUUGCAGCCAAUGCAAUUUAACAUUGCUGGCAAAAAAUCUUAGAGUUCACAUUGCAAGGCGUCACACUGACAUUGAAAAGCACUUUCAGUCUCAGUGCAUUGACUGUAACAUCGGUAUUUUUGCAGUUCAGAAAGCUUUUCACAGCCAGGCAACACCCAUUCAUGUGAUCAAAAAUACCUGGGACCGGAACCAGCGCUCGGAAUGUGAACUUGAGGAGUGCAAUUUAAGUUCACAGUUUGCCCCUAACAGUGGAAUACUGCCUUCCGAGUGCUGUCAUGUGAAAUCGCUGUCACUUUGUCCUGAAGUUGACCACCCUAAUGUUACAGUGACUGAAAACAGUCUCUCUCAGCUGGUGCAGCAGAAGUGCUUUGGCGAGGCGAGGAAAGCCCAGCUGUUACUGCUACAGCAACAGGCGAAUACUGCAUUCACACCUUUGUCUGUUCACGUUACUGUUGGUGGGCUGUCAUCAAAGUACUUCAUUUCUGUUUUUGAACCAGAGAAGUCAUAUUACAGUAGGAUGGGAAGGGUGAUGGUGGCUUUUGAAAAAAACAAAAAUAGCUGGUAUUGUCCAUGUGCAAAACCUCGUCAAUCUUGUAUUCAUAAAGACACAGCGAAGUGGCAUCUUUUCCAAAUGCUACCAGAACUCUUCAAGAAUAUCUUGAGUUCAGAGGAGGUUUUUAACACUGGGGCAUGUCAUGAUUGAGAUAAGUGCUUUUGGAAGUGACUUUCUGUGGACUUUUUCGCCACCUAGGGGUCGAAGCGUAUAACUGCACGUCCUGUCAUAAUAGUUGGUAAUGUUCACAACCCAAUGACAUGUAUUGAAAUUAUGAAAAUAGUCCAUAAAUUUGGCAUUUACCAAAAACGUAAUGGAGUAAAAGUAUUGGAAUAAUUAUUAUACUCCAUUAUGAAUUGGUGAAAAAAUUGAAUCCACUUAUUUAGUGAUUUUAUUUAAGCAUUCAAUCUCUGUAGACCUUACAUAAAAUGUUAAGUAAAAUUUUACAUCACAUGUUCUUAUUGCUGAGCUAACAAGGCAAUGAACCAGAAUUGGAAUUAAUUAUAACUUAACAUUUUCAUUUCCAACAGCCAAUGAAUGAAACACCCAUUUCCAUGUAAGCCACCUAGAAAAACACAACAUUUACUUCUCUGGAAUUUA